GCUCCGUUUUUUGUGUUCAAAGUUCACAGCGAAACAACAACAAAGCAGGAAACAAUGCGAUAGCUUAGCUAACUUAGUUUAGUAGUUAAAUAAUCAAUUGUUCCUACCUCAACUAAUUUGACGAAAUGACAACUGCGUUAUCUAAACAAAGUUUGUUGUUCAUGACAUUUAGUCUUGCUUUGACCAGGUUUUCAUACUGCUCAGUUGCAAAUGCUAACGUCAAUUCAAACAUACCUGCGAUUGCAAAUCAUUUUGGAACGAAAGGCAGAUAUGAGGAGGUUAACCGUUAUCUCAUUAAUGACAUUCUCUCGGUAAACAAAUCCAUUUUAAAACCAGUAUGUACCAAUAGCACGGCUAUUCAUGUGACCGCUAUUAUUCGGCAUGGUACACGAUAUCCAUCGACCAAAAAUAUAAAAAUUAUGCAACGGCUUUACGACCUUGUUCUAAACGAGGCAAUGAAUACUGAUAAAUGGCUGAAGGAUAUCAAAACCAAGUGGGAAAUGUGGUACACUGACGACAUGGAUGGCAAGCUUGUGGAGAAGGGCCGAGAUGACCAUAGGCAUCUGGCUGUCAGGUUGGCAACACUGUUUCCAUCUCUGAUAUCCGAGGAAAACCUCAGAGCCCACCGUAUCCGUUUCAUCACUAGCUCUAAACACAGAUGCGUGGACAGCAUUGUAGCAUUUCAAGAGGGCCUACUCAACCUUUGGAAAGUGACAGAAGUUGGACCCAGCCACAAAAUCAACGAUGAGUUGAUGAGGUUCUUUGACCAGUGUCAGAAAUUUGUUGAGGACGUAGAGAACAACCAAACUGCCCUGGAAGAGGUCCACCUCUUCAAGGCCUCAGCAGAGAUGAAAAGAGUGCAGAUGAAGAUGGCUGACCAGCUGCAAGUGCCAUACAAUCGCAUCACACCAGAUCUGGUGGAGGCUGCAUUCUUCCUGUGCUCAUAUGAGUUUGCCAUCAAAUCUUUGAACUCUGCCUGGUGCAACCUGUUUGAUGAGACUGACGCCCAAGUGCUGGAGUACAAAAAUGACCUGAAACAGUACUGGAAGAGGGGCUAUGGUCAUGAUAUCAACCGCAAGUCCAGUUGCAAUCUCUUUCAUGACCUGUUCAAUCGUCUUGAUCAGGCUGCUCGUGAGAUCAGGUUUGGGCAUGUAUCUGAGGCUGUGAGCAUCCAGGUGGGUCAUGCCGAGACCCUCCUGCCCCUGUUGGCCCUCAUGGGCUUCUUCAGAGACGAGACGGCCCUGACUGCUGACAACUUUGACGUGCAAAAUGGCCGCACCUUCCGUACCAGCCGCAUUGUGCCUUACGCAGCCAACCUGCUCUUUGUGCUGUAUGACUGCAGCGAAGGACUCCGGCUACAGUUCCUCCUCAACGAGACACCUCAGAACUUCCCUGACAUAAUGCACCAGGCUCCACUCUACGAUACGGUCAGAGAGACCUACAGAGAGCUGCUGCAAGGCUGCAAUUUUGAAAAAGAGUGCGAGCUGUCCAGACCCAACUCUGAGUUGUGAGCUUGGGGCAUGUGAACGUAAAGGGCUCUCUCUACAGGGGUUGGAGGAUUCAAAUGUCUGUGUCAUGCAAGAGAGGGGUUUUAACGGUUUUGGCCAAAGCAGUUCCUUUGUUAAUGGUCUAGCUUUUUUUUAAGUAUUCAAGUCAGGUUUUACAGAUAUACACGUUUCACAGAUGGCGUUUACAGGUACACCCUUUUUUUAGGUGUCACUUUUUUUUCUUGGCCUUUUAUUUAACUAGGCAAGUCGGUUAAGAACAAAUUCUUAUUUUCAAUGACGGCCUAGGAACAGUGGGUU